AUGUCGAACAAAACAAAAACUACCCGGGAGGGUCCCGCUUGCGGGGAAUCCCUUGGUGGGUCGGACAGCCGGCCCAUCGGCCCCAUUGUAUACGGGGGGGCCAUUCGCCAUGUGAGUGAAGGAGGGUUAGGUUCUGAAGGAGGAAGUAAAGCAGGAAGAUUAUCCGAUUCUGACUCGGACAGUAGAAGCUCCAUGAUCAGCGUAUCCAGUCGCUUCGGAUCGAUGGAGUCACUGGAUCACGACGGCCCAGGGAGAUACUGGAGCGAGGGACGCGGCCAGAAGCGGCCUAGGGACCUUGUGUUGAGCGGCAGCUCCACAGACACUCCCGCCAAGGGAGGCAACAAAAGAAGAGGACGAGGCCGUCCGCCAACUACCGGCGAAUACGUCGGGCUGGCGGCCGCGAAAGAAUCUCUGAGGAAGGCGACUGAGGCAGAGAUCAGGGCGCGAGCUGAAGCGGAGAUGUUAGAGUCAGUGUUGGAAGCCCGCAGGACUCGUUCGGCCCUGACAGUGACCGCGACUGGAUCGUCAGCAGAUCCGAGGGACGCAGAACACGAAGGCGUCACGGCGACCACCGUCCUCAAACGGAUCGGUACCAGCCUUGACGUGGUCGAAAAGGUGGCGAAGAAAUCUACGAACUUAAAGGGGACGUUUGUGCGGGCGCUACAUGACGCUGUCAGCGCAAUAAAAGAAGAUGUCGCCGGCCUCGCACAGAGGUCGAUAUCCGAAGAAACACGAGCCUUGCAGGCCGACAACAGCCGCCUUCAAGCUGAAAUGACCAGCCUCCGCAAGGAGCUGGCAGAACUUCGCCAGGAAAUGGAACAGGCGCGGAAGCAGGGUUCCGCCAAAGCCUGUAUUGAUGUGACGAUGGAGGCCGUCCCUGCCCGGUCUCCAAAACAACAAGAAGACCCCUCUCUAGAGGAUAUUUGCCGAACGGUCAUGGUUCAGGUGGGCGGCAUGCUCAAUGCCCGCCUGGCCUCCCUGGAGGAUCGGCUGCUGCCGGAACGGAGCCUGCGACCACCUCUAGCGUCGGACAAGAGAAAGGAGACCCGCACAUACGCGACUGCGACCGCGGAGCCCACAGCUGCGCCCCCUUCGGGUGCUCAGGGAACGUCUGGGACGAAGGCACCCCCGGUGCCAGCUCAGCCUGGUCCCAGUGGACUCUCGCGCCAAGCGCCCACCGUGCCGCCCAAGAAGAGCAAGGGCAAAAGCUCUAAGAAAGGAGCGAAAAAGAAGAAGGCAGCUCGGCCGCCAACGGGCGAGAACUUAGAGUCCUCCUCUGCCGCCCCCGUAGCACCAUCACAGGCCCUCCCUCCUCGUCCUCCCAAUCCGGACGCUCUCGAGGACAAUUGGGUCACCGUAGGGCGAAAUGGUAAGGCACAACGACACGGCAAAUCCAAAGUGGCCCCCGUGCAGGCAACUACAUCUGCGCCUGCACCGCCGCCGCAAAGAUUAAAAGUGCCCCGAAGCUCCGCCGUCGUUGUAACACUCACCGAGGCGGCCAUUAACAAGGGCCUCACAUACAGUGGUGUCCUUAGAGAGGCGAAAUCGAAGCUCGAUCUUAAAGAAGUAAUUGGCAUCGAAGCGGUGCAAUUCCGCCGGGCGGUUACCGGGGCAACUAUUAUUCGCAUCCCCGGCGCCGCUAGUGCCCCGAAAGCAGAUGUCUUGGCGCAAAGGUUACAAGAGCUAUACCAGGGCCAAGACAUCAAGGUCUCCAGGCCGGAGAAACUAGUCGAUGUGAAGAUCGAAGGUCUGGAUGACUCGACGACACCUGAUGAGGUAAAGGCGGCCAUCAUCAAAAAAGGAGCAUGUGCGGGCGACCAAGUCAGAAUUGGCCGACUCCGCCAGAACAGAGCUGGGCUAUACGACAUCUGGGCCCAAGUCCCUGUUGCGGCAGCGAGGAAGCUGAUGACGGGGCGUUUCUUGGUGGGCUGGGUGGCUGCUAGAGUCACCAUUGGCAGACCCAGGGAGCUGCGCUGCUAUCGCUGCCUGCAACAGGGGCAUGUAGCCAGCCGCUGCGAUGCGGAGGACCGCAGUCGGACUUGCUAUCAAUGUGGACAGGAGGGCCACAAGGCCGCGUCCUGCCCGUCGCAACCGAACUGUGUUCUAUGCACGGCGGCGGGCAAGGACGCCAAACACCGAUUGGGAAGUGCCAAAUGCUCGGCGCCCAAAAGAACGGUCCCGAGAAGAGCGCAAAUUUCCGUAGCACAUAAUGCGCCCCCACCGAGCGGGGAAGAUAUGGAGGUAGUAGAAGUCGCUCAGGAUUAA